AUGGCUCCACUCCUCCUCUCUCUCCCCCUCCGCCUCAGCCCCAUCCCCGCCGAGAGCUCCACCUCCCGGAUCGCACCGAGAUCACGAUCCCCUCGUCCCUUCCCCAGGCGGCGCCUGCGCCUUCCCGCCCUCCUCCAAGUCCAAUGCCUCGCGGCCCCCGGGCCCGCCGCCCCCGCGCCCGCGCCGCGGUGGCACGCGGCGCUGUCCGCCGCGGCGGGGCUGUACCCGGCCUACGUCGCGGCCGGCGCCUCCGUGGCCGUCGCACGCCCCGAGGCGUUCCGGUGGUUCGUGGCGCUGGCGCCGGGGUCCUACACCGCCACGCUCGGCUUCAUCAUGCUCGCCAUGGGCCUCACGCUCCAGCUCAGGGACUUCGCCGCCCUCCUCCGCGAUAGGCCCCUCGCCAUUUUGUUCGGGUGUGCCGCGCAGUACACCAUAAUGCCAGCGUUUGGCGCGAUCGUUAGCCACGCGCUGGGGCUUCCCCCGUCCCUCUCAGCUGGACUCAUCCUGCUGGCUUGCUGUCCUGGAGGAACUGCAUCCAACGUGGUGACUUUAGUUGCUCAAGGUGAUGUUCCAUUAUCCAUCGUGAUGACUGUCUGCAGCACUCUUGCUGCAGUGUUCCUUACUCCUCUGUUAACGAAAAUUCUUGCUGGUGCUUAUAUUCCUGUGGAUGCUGUGAAGCUCUCUCUCAGUACUUUGCAGGUGGUUGUUGCCCCAAUUCUUUUAGGUUCAUCGAUACAAACUGCAUUCCCAUCAGUAGUUCAAUUUGUGACUCCUUUUGCACCUCUGAUGGCAGUCUUGGCUUCAUCGCUUCUGGCAAGCAGUGUCUUCUCUGAGAACUUUGUGCGCCUAAGAUCGACAAUUGCCGAUGCAUCCUCUGUGAAUCAAAACUUCUUCUCUGGAGAUAUCGGGAUUGUCAUGCUCUCUGUGUUCUUGCUGCAUUUCGCUGGUUUCGCUUGUCGGGUAGGAAUGCAAAACUCAUCCUUAGGGGUAGUUUUAGCAACUGCACAUUUCUCCUCGUCCUUGGUCGCCCUGCCUCCUGCACUCUCAGCUGUCAUCAUGAACAUGAUGGGUAGCACACUAGGUCUCAUAUGGCAAUCUAUCAGUCCUUCUGUUUCAGAGAACGAAACCACUGACAUAACCAAUGCAUGA